ACAACAAACCACUGUGCCCGUAGCUGUGAACUGGCUCGCCAACCAAAACAGCAACCACUAAACUAAUCAAACAAGCGAUAGUCAUGAAUCUGGUGACCGGCGCCAUGGGCUCCCUGCUGCCCAAGCUAGCCGAGCUCCUCAACGACAAGUACAAGCUGCAGAAGGGCGCUAAGGAAGGCGUCAGGUCCCUCGAGAAGGAGAUGAAGAGCAUGCACGCAGCGCUCUGCAAGGUGGCAGAGGUGCCGCGGGACCAACUCAAUGAGGAGGUCAAGCUCUGGGCAGGGGAGAUGAGGGAGCUCUCCUUCGUCAUAGAGGACGUCAUCGACAAGUUCCUGGUGCGUGCCGAUGAUGGCUCUAAGCCCACCGCCAACUCGAAAGACGUAAAGUCGAUCAUAGAGAAAAUGGUCGGCUUAUUCACUAAGGGGAAGGCUCGCCAUGAAAUCGCCCACGCGAUCAAGGACAUCAAUAAGCAAGUCCAAGAGGUGGCUAACAGGCGUGGAAGGUACACCAUCAACGAUAUUGUCGCUAAGCCAGCAGCCGUGACGCCCAUCAAUCCCCGCCUUGGGGCUCUGUACCAGGAUGUGACAGAGCUUGUGGGCAUCGCUGGGAAACGAGAUCAAGAGCUAAUGAAGUUGCUCUCGGAUGGAGAUAGCAUGUCCAAGAAAAAGUUGAAGAUAGUCUCCGUUGUCGGGUUUGGAGGUGUGGGAAAGACCACACUUGUCAAAACGGUUUAUAACCAGACGAAAGGAGAUUUUGAUUGCAGUGCUUUUGUUGCUGUCGGUCGAAAUGCUGGCGCAAACAAGGUUCUCAUGGACAUCCUUCUUGAUCUUGGGAUGUACGAAAGUCAGUUCACCAUUUUUGAUGAAAGACUUGAGAACAAAAGGAAUAUUCCUGACGGCCAAUUUCCGUCAGAAAUAACUGAAAUACCGUCAGCAAUACGUAUUCCUGACGGCCUCCGUCAGGAACCAGCCGUCGGUAAUAAGGUGUCAGGAAAGAUGGUCACUCCUGACGGUGACCGACGGGAAAGAGUAUUCCUGACGAAUUUUCCUGACGUCGCACGGGAACCACGGAAAGAACCAUUCCUGUCGGUCCGACCGUCAGGAAAGCCCGUCAGAGACCACAGCCGUCAGGGAUGUUCGAUGAACUCUGACGCUGAGGCUGAACUCUCAGGAAUGCCUUGCCGUCAGGACAAAAGUGUUCUUGACGCUUGCUCUCCGUCAGGAAGCACGUUCAACCUUCAGGAAAGCACAUUUCUGGGUACUCCAGCACAAACGUCAGGGAUGUAA